UUUAAGAUUCCGGAAGCGGAAGUGAUGGGUCUUUCCUCUCUGAGCCGUAGCUGCGUAAGGUCUACGGACGGAAACGCUGCACCAUGCCUCGUAAAAUCGAAGAAAUCAAAGACUUCCUGUUGACAGCCAGGAGAAAGGAUGCCAAAUCUGUCAAGAUCAAGAAAAAUAAGGACAAUGUGAAGUUCAAGGUGCGCUGCAGCAAGUACCUGUAUACUCUGGUCAUCACAGACAAGGAAAAGGCUGAGAAACUGAAACAGUCCCUUCCCCCUGGUUUGUCUGUGAAAGAACUGAAGUAGAUUCGCUGUCUGUUGUAUAAUAAAGUAAAAUGUUUAAACAA